CUCACUCACACCGAGAUCUCAUUCUAAAAGAUCCAUAUUAUGAGCUCUAAAACCACAGAUUUGAAUCUGUGAAUCCACAUAUAUGCUCAAUCGGAGCCAGAUUCUAACAAAUCAAAGGUGAAAGAAGAAAGAAGUGAAGAACAAUGGGAGCUGAAAAGAAAUGGCUUUUCACACUCUUCUCUGUAGUAUUUCUCUCAGUCUUCCUUCUCUUACUUUACUCAAUCUCUGCUUUUACCUCUAAACCUUUCCCUUCUUCAAUCCGUCACGGUGCUCAUUACCCACCAGCUUUCGCUUAUUACAUAACCGGUGGUCGUGGAGAUAAUGACCGGAUCUUUCGGUUAUUGCUCGCGGUUUAUCAUCCUAGGAAUCGGUAUCUUAUCCAUCUGGGCGCUGAAGCUACUGAUGCUGAGAGGCUUGCUCUUCUCUCUGAUUUGAAAUCUGUUCCUGCUGUGAAUGCUUUUGGGAAUGUUGAUGUUUUAGGGAAAGUUGAUCGUUUGUCUGAGAAUGGUGCUUCUAAGAUUGCUUCUACUCUUCACGCUGUUUCUAUUCUUCUUAAGCUUGAUCGUACUUGGAAUUGGUUUAUUGAGCUUAGUGCUUUGGAUUAUCCUCUCAUUACUCAAGAUGACCUAUCUCAUGUGUUUGCCUCAGUGAACAGAAGCCUCAAUUUUAUUGAUCACACUAGUGACCUUGCUUGGAAAGAAGCUCAGAGAAUCAAGCCUAUUGUUGUUGAUCCAGCACUUUACUUAGCUAGAAGAACUCAGCUAUUCACUGCUACCGAGAAACGACCAACACCUGAUGCAUUUAAAGUCUUUACAGGCAAAAGAUUCAGCUCGCCUUGGAUUGUACUAAGCAGAUCUUUCCUAGAAUACUGCAUCUUCGGUUGGGACAAUUUACCGAGAAUCCUUCUGAUGUAUUUUAACAAUGUCAUUCUCUCUGAAGAAUGCUAUUUCCACACAGUGAUAUGCAACGCACCCGAGUUCAUUAACACGACAGUCAACGGGGACUUACGAUACAUGAUAUGGGACAGUCCACCUAAGAUGGAACCACACUUCCUUACUGUAUCAGAUUUCGAACAAAUGGCUCAAAGCGGAGCAGCUUUCGCCAGACAGUUCAAGAAAGACGAUCCAGUUCUCGACAUGGUCGAUAGAGAGAUCCUGAAACGUGGACGUUACCGUGUCACUCCUGGCGCUUGGUGCUCGAGCCACAGUAGCUGGUGGACAGAUCCUUGCUCAGAAUGGGAUGAAGUCAACAUUGUCAAAGCUGGACCUCAAGCUAAGAAGCUAGACGAAACAAUAACGAAUUUUCUCGAUGAUUUGAAUUCACAAUCGAAUCAAUGCAACUUCGCCGGAGUGAAUCUCUCUCGCCGUGUCUACUUAAGAAUCUCUUCUUCGUCCCCAAGCUUGCGUCUCCAAUCAUUUCCAUGGAUUAAUAAAGCUUCAAUUUUGAUGGUUCACAGAUCAUUUCACGCUUCUUCUGUUGAAACCCAAGUUUCUGCAAAUGAUGUUUCACAAGACGCUGAUAAAAUCUGCAAGAUUCUGACCAAAUUUACGGAUUCAAAUGUUGAAACUUUGCUCAACGAAGCUUCUGUUAAACUUUCGCCGGCACUAAUCGAAGAAGUACUGAAGAAGCUAAGCAACGCUGGGGUUUUAGCUUUAUCUGUAUUCAAAUGGGCAGAGAAUCAAAAGGGUUUCAAGCACACUACUUCAAACUACAAUGCAUUGAUCGAAUCAUUAGGUAAGAUCAAGCAAUUCAAACUCAUUUGGAAUCUUGUAGACGACAUGAAACAAAAGAAGCUUUUGAGCAAAGACACGUUUGCUCUCAUUUCUAGACGUUACGCUAGAGCUAGGAAGGUUAAAGAAGCUAUAGCUGCGUUUCAUAAGAUGGAAGAUUAUGGGUUUAAGAUGGAAUCAAGUGAUUUCAAUCGUAUGCUUGAUACUUUGAGCAAAUCUAGAAAUGUUGGGGAUGCACAGAAGGUGUUCGAUAAAAUGAAAAAGAAAAGGUUUGAGCCUGAUAUUAAGUCUUAUACUAUUUUACUUGAAGGUUGGGGUCAGGAGUUGAAUCUUUUGAGAGUUAAUGAGGUUUACGGAGAGAUGAAAGACGAAGGUUUUGAACCGGAUGUGGUUGCGUACGGUAUCAUUAUCAAUGCGCAUUGCAAGGCGAAAAAGUAUGAUGAAGCUGUUAGGUUCUUCAAUGAGAUGGAACAGAGGAAUUGCAAGCCGAGUCCUCACAUUUUCUGUAGUCUGAUUAAUGGACUGGGCUCUGAGAAGAAGCUAAAUGAUGCUCUUGAAUUCUUUGAGAGAUCAAAGAGUUCCGGGUUUCCUCUUGAAGCUCCUACUUACAAUGCACUAGUUGGAGCUUAUUGCUGGUCACAGCGAAUGGAAGAUGCAUUUAAAACCGUGGAUGAGAUGAGAUCAAAAGGGAUUGGCCCAAAUGCUAGAACUUAUGAUAUAAUUCUUCAUCAUUUGAUUAGAAUGCAGCGCACGAAAGAAGCCUAUGAAGUUUAUCAGAAGAUGAGUUGUGAACCGACGGUGAGUACUUACGAGAUCAUGGUGAGGAUGUUUUGCAACAAAGAGAGAUUGGAUAUGGCGAUCAAGAUUUGGGACGAGAUGAAAGGAAAAGGUGUUCUUCCGGGAAUGCACAUGUUCUCAAGUUUGAUCACAGCUCUGUGCCAUGAGAAUAAAUUAGACGAAGCUUGUGAGUAUUUCAAUGAGAUGUUGGAUGUUGGUAUUAGGCCACCGGGACAUAUGUUUAGCCGUCUUAAACAAACGCUUCUCGAUGAAGGCCGGAAAGAUAAAGUCGCGGAUUUGGCUGUAAAGAUGGAUAGGCUGAGGAAAAGCCAACUUGUUGGCUGAAACGGGUUUUCACGGCUCUGUUUUCUCUUCUUGUUUAUCUCUUUUACUACAUUUUGUUUCAUCUUUUUGGACUAUUGAAUUGUUACGAUCUAUGAUCUAUCCAAAAUUUCAGAGAUCUGAGCAUCUAGAGACUGUUUUCUCUCCGAGCAAAAGUGCACGGACACAGUUGUAUGAUGUAGUCACCAUAUAGAAAACACUACCAGAGUGUGAGAUGUUUUGGUAUAUGAAUUAAGUUAUUUCGUUAGG